CGAUGAUUGGCUGGCGGCUUUCGAAACGCCUUCUCGACCAGAUGCGGCAGCGUUUCAGACCAGCAUGUAUACCAUGACUGUGGUCGCAUGACAGGCCACGCCUACGACAACAUGGUGCGUCUCACUGGCAUCCCUGUCCAUCACGCUUACGCGAGCUUUCUCGUGGCCACCAUCUGCACCUCGAGCCUACCGCUUCCGCGAACCACGACACUUCUGAAUCAUUGCUUUAUUGCUAGAACGCCACGGGCUGGCGAGCGAUCAAACGAGUCAUCAUACUGAGUGUGUAUAAUCAGGCGCAUCCGACUUUCAUUGCCGUCAGCCAUCAUGGCUUCCUCAGAGAAUCAAC